AUCUCAACGUUCACAAGAUGAAUCCGACGACCCCUAUUACUAUUUUUCCCACUGUCACCAACACGACCACUCCUGACGGCGAGCCCUCACAAUUUAUUUUACCUGACCUCAUCAAUGAUUGCCACUAUCCCUUGCGAAAGAACCCUCAUCGUGAUGCGGUGUCCCGCGCAUCUGAUCAGUGGCUUAUUGACGUAGCGCGACUUGAAGAGCCCGAGAUCAGAGGUUAUAUUGAUAUGGACGGAGGGGGAUUUGCUGCCGUUUGCUAUCCUGAUGCAGAUGCUUUCCAUCUCCGAGUCUGCUCUGACUUCAAUGACUGUACAUUCAUUGUGGACGACUGGAUGGAGUAUGGUAUCGUCGAUAUACAGGGAACGCGUGAAUCCUGUAUUUCUGCAUUCCGCGAUCCCGUCAAUUUCGACUCGGAACAGAUUGCUGCAAAGAUGUGCAAAUCAUUUUUCAGCCGCUUUAGGGAGACUGCUGGCCCCGGCUGCACAGAGCGAUUUAUCCGAGGAAGCGAAUUGUUCUUCGCUGCUGUAGCUAAGCAGGUGGACGACUGUGCCAAAGGAAAUAUGUAUGAUCUGGCAUCUUACCUCGCCCUGAGGCGAGAUAUAAGCGCGCUGAAGAUGUGCCUUCCCCUCAUCGAAUUCGUAGCUCGAAUCGAUCUUCCCGACGAAGUUAUGUCCCAUCCAGUUAUCAUGGCCUUGGAGGACGCGACUAAUGAUCAUAUUUCUUGGUCUAACGAUAUUUUGUCAUACAACAAGGAGCAAUCUCGCGGUGAUGCACACUGGCAUAACUUAGUUUCCGUACUCAUAGAUGAACGAGGACUAGACCUGCAAGGCGCCAUGGACUACGCUGGCCAGAUGUGCAAAGAUGCCAUCCAGCGCUUUGAAACUAACCGUGCUAUCCUCCCCUCGUGGGAGGAAGAGGUUGACAGGCAGGUGGUUGUCUACGUCGAGGGGCUGCAGAACUGGAUUGUCGGCUCACUUCACUGGCACCUUAAUUCCCCCCGCUAUGCUGUCGCGCCGGACCGAAUCAUCAGGCUGCUUCCCAGAAGGCCCUUGUAG